AUGCGUUCUAAGUCGCGAUGGGCGAGACGAUCAGCUUGUCCCCCAACUCAGGGGCCCUCAGUUUCGAACUAUACACCGAAAUCACCUCCUCGAAUUUUCUUACCCCUGUCAAAACUUGAGGCUUGUUGUCUUUGUCGUAAAACAUGGAGGGAAACGGAAUUGAGAUGGUGUCAGUUGUGCGCCGAGGUAGUAUAUUGCUCGAGCGAAUGCCAACAGCGAGACUGGCCGAUACAUAAACGCCAAUACUGCGGUAAAUCCAAAACUGAUCGUGUUGACAUAGAGUCGUACUGGCCAUUCCUCGCCGUCCUUGUCGCGCAAUUCAAAGAGGAUACCAAUUUUAACUCACACCCCGCCCUAACGCACCCAAUUAUCAAUUCACCAAAUCCGUUUCAUCCAUAUCACCCCAUCCUUAAUCCCAGUGGGACUGUCUCCACAGAAAAUAUCCCGUCUGCAUCUUCUGGGGUACCUACUGACCCUUCCAGUACCAAUCCUUCCGGAAAAUAUCCCAUUUCCUUCACAGAUGGCAUUCGUGCAAAGCCAAUUGUACUCGGCGAAAAGCUUACGAGCUUCAUACAAACCGAUACUUGGUGGCCAACUGCGAUCACCACUGCUGUGCGUAACAAGCUCCAACGCCGCAUUGCAAACGAGGGACUUCUCCUGGUUACAUAUCUUUCAGUAUGCCUCUCGCUGCUCUCUUCAAUGUAUACAACGACUGCAAUACCAGACGACGAAGAUGAAGACGAAACCCUUCAGCAAACAGGCCGGCGGAGGAUCAGACUGACGUACGGAAACUCGCCCAUCUCUGACUUUGGGAUAGUGAAUGGGUCAGUGCAUGUUGAGGAUACCGACAGGCUCGGGUAUAUUUUCUCCAAAGACAGCCCUGAUGGCAAAGAAAAAAAAGGAGAGUACAGGUUGGGGCAGGACCCCGAUGAUCAUUAUCGCUUCUACUUUCAAACACUCUCUGGGAGCGAGUGGUAUCUUGAUCUUGGGAAGUACGCGUUGAACUCGUGUGUGCUGGUCCAGGCCCAAGAAUACUGCACUGGAAAUUGGGGUAGAUUUAAAAGGUACGAUGGCGACGUGUCAGGCAUGUUCUAUGGCAAGGAGUAUGAGAAAGAGGGUGGGCUUGAUAAUUUCAAGCUACGACGGCGAUUCUCCAUCCUUCGGAACCCAAGGGCUCAUGAUAUUGUCCAGUGGAACGAUCAAGAUGCCGACAUAGCAAAUAUCAUGACUCUCAUUCAGGAGAUCAAGGGUGGCGAGGAAUGCACAUCCUGGGAGAGGGAGACGAUGCUCGAUUUCCUCCCGGAUGCAGUGGAACUCGUCCAUCUCAACGUCGCACACAGGGACUACUUGAACUUUCCAAAGAAACCUAAGAUUGCUGUUGACCUAGAUCCAGAUGAGCAAAGUCUUGUGGAGUAUACUGGCAAGGCGAAGGAGAAUGUUUUCAAGAUGACGGGUCAAUGGCAAAAAAGACACAGAAAGGGUAAGAGUCCAAAAAAUCCACUUGAAGCAGCCUUUAGAAAUUCUUUCAAAUAA